GAGAGGUAAAGGAGAUAAAACCAUGAAGGAGGACCUUGCUAGUCUAUCACACUGGAACAUGGCAUUCACCGACUGCAUGAAACUCACAGACUUAUCUAAAGACAAAAAAGGGAUGAAGGUGAAAAACUGGAAACACAGAAUGGGUCUCUUCUUGAAGACCAACUCACUUCAUUCAAUGAAGAACAAACCUCACAGGCCAACUGCAGAUGAUGUGAGCCAGUGGGCGCAGUCACUAGACAAAUUGCUCGGUCAUAAAUACGGAAAGGCUGCUUUUUACAUCUUCUUGAAGACCGAGUUCUGUGAAGAGAACAUUGAGUUUUGGACAGCAUGUGAGGAUUUCAGGAUGCUCUCAUCACACCAAGAAUUGACGUGCAAGGCCAAAAGCAUUUACGAGGAAUUCAUUAAAAAUGAAGCUCCCAAAGAGGUCAACCUUGACUUUUACACAAAAAAUGACAUAAUCCAGAGUCUCCAUGAGCCAAAUGCCACCAGCUUUUUGGCAGCUCAGGGGAAGAUCUACUCCCUGAUGGAGAACAACUCCUACCCAAGGUUUAUCCUCUCUGACCUCUACAAAGAACUGUGUGCAGCUGCAAGGAGAGGAAAGGAAACAACACAGUAAUUAAUUUACUCCUAAAUGUGCAAAUGGACCAGGAAUGAAGUUCUUAUCCCAGCAUUGCCUCACUCAAAGAUACCCUAAUACUGAGUAUAAACAUUCGCAAUAAGUGUGGAAAAUACACAACUUAAGAAUGAAGGACUUUCAAUGAUGGCUGCAUGACGACGAAGGACGUCUUUCAUUACUGCCUGAUGUGAUUUAAUUUAUAUGUUCUUGACUUUAUAAAAUAUUGGAAUGUAUUAUACUGUGAUGUGAUAUUCUGUACACUGCUGCAAGACACCAGCACUUCCAAUGUGAAUGCUUUUACACUUGAUAUAUUAUGUGGCGUGGCUCUUAUGUAUUUUGUUAACAUUGCAUUUGGGGCAGCUGGCCUGCUCUAAAAUUAAAACGCAUU